CGUUGAACUUACUCCCCUUUGCGUUUUCCUCAACCUUCGAGAAGAUACCUCACACUGCAUAUAGCCAUCAUGUCUUCCCUCAGCCUCCCCUCCCCCGAGCACCGCGCCAAAAUCAUUGAAAAGUUCACGGAGCUCAUCGACGCCAUCGAGGCCCACCCGGCCUGGAGCCCGCCGAACCCCCACAAGGGUCUCUUCCACGUUUGGGACUAUGUCAACCGCUCCCGGUACAUCAUGACGGAGCUCGACCACAUCCGCGACGGCGAGCCCGUGCGGUAUCCGGAGCAGAUUCCCCAGCAAGACAUUGGCGUACCAGGUCGCAGCGGCCCCGACGCAGCCGCCGAGUCCUUUGUCGACGUCUGCGGCCGAUCGGCGACGGUCAACGAGAUGAUUGCCAACCCGAAGCUGCUCACCAUGAUUGGUCUCCCGCAGGUGGAUUACGGCAACGAUAUCGUCUCGAGAUCGCAGGCGGUCGUCGACGUCUUGAAGCACUAGGCUAUCUGAAAGAAAACAGGUUGAGUGGAUUUAGAAAGAAGGGGGGGGGGGUUCCUUGGAAGGAAGGGGGUUACAUCGUCGACACACACACACUAGAAAAGUAAAAAGAAAGCGAAACGGAUUGUUUUGAACAUUGGCCGGAUAUGCCGUCAAGGAGCUUGAAAAAAUUGGGGAAAAAUCAAUUUACUACGGAUAGAGGCAAACACGGGAAAAAUAGAAGGAUACACCAAAGGAUACACCAAACAGUGAGAAGAGUCCGUUACAGAGAAAUACUGCGGUCAGACCUGACUGGCACGGAAUCGGCUUCAUACGCGGUAAAUAUUGAUAUACCGGGAUUAGAAGGCUUAAGCACUCUUUCUCCCGUGCAAUCGACAGACAAUAGGAUGGAUAAUGGCAGCAUCGGUAUAAUGAUAUGUGUUGGGAUCACAGUGUCGUGAUCCCAACCACGAAAAAAGUCACCUGGACACUGCAUGGUUUGUUGCCAGCGACAGCCGCUAAGC